AGGAGUGGGUGUGUGCCUAGCCCCGGUCACGUGGGCAGCUGUCUAGUUCUCGUUAUGCGUCUAUAAAUGCUCCUUCUUAUAUGAAGUUGGUCCCUUCCCUAAGUAAGACGCCUUGUCCACGAGUCCAUCAACAGAGUAGCUACGACUUGUCAUAGAAUCAUGGCACAAGACCAGGCUUUUGUGACGUUGGCGACCAAUGACAACUAUGCCAGAGGAGCCAUGGUCCUGGGCAAGUCCCUGAGGAACCACAAGACAACCAGGAAGCUGGUGGUGAUGAURGGACCCCACGUCUCUGACCCCUGCAAAGGAGUUCUUCACAAGAUCUUUGACGAGGUCCUGUUGGUGGAUGUGUUGGACAGCGGAGACUCAGCUCACCUGGCCCUGAUGAAGAGACCUGACCUGGGAGUCACCUUCACCAAGCUACGCUGCUGGACCCUUACACACUAUUCCAAAUGUGUCUUCAUGGACGCAGACACACUGGUGGUACAGAACAUAGAUGAGUUGUUUGACAGAGAGGAGCUGUCUGCGGCCCCGGACCCCGGCUGGCCAGACUGUUUCAACUCCGGCGUGUUCGUGUUCCGGCCUUCCGACGAGACGUACAGCAAACUGCUCCAGUACUGCACAGAACACGGCAGCUUUGAUG